GAAGAUUGACAGUUACUUGGUCGUUAUGGUGUAUGGUUAUUAGUAACGCUAUGUACACCCACAAAAGAGAUGCCUGAUGAAAUUUUAGGUCGUUUACUUUCAAUGUUAUUUCACUGGUUUCAUGCUACAGCAUACUCAUUUGAUGGACAAAUUGAAUGUACACUUGAAAAGUUAAAAACAGAAUACGUUUGUAAUUGGCUACUGGAAGUUAUGAAAACACAUUAUCAAGUACUUGUCUCAUGUUUGCUACCUCAUCCAGCGGAUUAUGUGCGAAUUGGUGGACAUUGGGAAAGUUUGACCUCAAGAAUUCCACAUUUGAAAGAUGGUCUGAACAGACUGUUUUGUUUAGUGCCUUACGAAGUAAUUACUUCGGAAAUUUGGGAUUAUGUCAUGCCGCAUUGGAUGGAAGCAAUGGUGCAUGACGUACCAGAAAAACAUCUAUUGGAACUGAAAAUAAUUCUUUGUAAAAUGUUGGAUCCAGAUAUGAGUCCUUUAGGAUUUGAUACUACAAAAAUGUAUAACUUUAUUGCACAAAGAUUUAUUAAUGUCAGUGCAAUGGUACAAGAACAAGCCCUAAAAUGGUUACAAACUUUAACUAUGCUGGAAAUAAUAAUACCCUUGAAUCUUUUAUAUUCAAUGUUUAAAGAUGGAAUUGAGGCAAUGCAACAGACAAAUAAAACAAGCCUUUCUAAUGAAAAUCUAAUGAAAAUAAUACAAAAUGAUAACGGAUACCAUUCAUGUGGUAUGAUGGAAAAUGAUUCAGAAAAAUCAACACCAAUCUCAGAUGAUAUUAUUCCAACUCAAGUUUAUGUUGAAUUUCAAGUUGACUCGGAAUUAAAUCUGUCGUGUUGUGUUUUGAUGCUGGAUGCUUUAUUAAAACAAAUAGAACUCCAAGAUAUUGAUAAAAACGCUGGAAUUUAUAGCAGCACGUGUCGUGAAUCUUGUUAUUUGAUGAAAUUGAUAAUGGAGACAAGUUGGAGCAAUAACCAUACAUGCCUUACAACCUCUGAAUGCACGUUUUGCGAGUCAAAGAUAGUAUGGUAUCAAUUGUGUUUGCAACUACUUACUUAUUUAGCACCAUCAAAUUUAGCACAUCCACCUGAUGUAAUAAAUGAUGAUCUUGCGGAUGACAAUGGGCGUCGAAAUUCCUCUGAAGGAAUAAAAAAAUGUGAUUUGAAAUCUGAUGUUGGAAUAAAUAUGCCAACUCCAGAAACUCAUUCUGUUGGAGGUGUUCUUGUUCACAUGCCACACUUUUUUGAGCAAAUUAUGACUGCUACAGUUGAAACAGUAUCAGAGCAAUUAGAUCUCACAACAAUAAUUCCAACGGAAAAAAUUGACACGACCCUACCAGGUGCUGCAUUAACGAGAAAAGAUAAUGGAACAGAUGCAGCAAAUAAAAGCAAAUUGCAGACAUAUGUAAACGAAGAACACUCCUCAAAUAAUGAAGAGCAAAAUACAGAUGAUUUUUGGCAAACAACUGUUGGAGAAUUCCAGUUUACUAUUGCCGAUCUGCCAGAGCAAUUGCAGUACAUUUAUAAACUCCUGAAGGAAAUCAAUGAAGUUCAAAAUUCAGAUAUUAUUUAUUACAUGUUACAAUGCCUAAGUAUUAUGUGCCUAUAUGGAGACGCAUUGACAUUGGCAGCGAAGGAUCAUCAAGAGUUUUUUAUAUGGUGCCAGGAAAGUCUUCUGAUAAAAAACUUGUGGGAUCUAUUAAGUGCUGAGCAUUCUCACAUUGCACAAGUUUCAGUACCUCUCUUACUUCACUGUAUAUCACUACCUCAUGGAGUCGAUACAUUUUGGAGACUUAUGCAGGACCAAUUUCAAGAUUCAAACUGGCGCAUUCGAUUUACAGCAGUUGAACGCGUUACUCUAAUAGCAAGAUUUAUGGACUCUACACCUUUAAGAAAUGUUACCAACCUGCAAGCGGUACUAGCAAGUGUAUUUUGUUAUUUAAUUGCUAGUAUGGACGAUUCAAAUGUAUGUGUGGCGCAGCGAGCUACAUUGAAUAUUGGAACAGUUCAUGAUACAGCAAUUAGGUCAUUAAUCUUCUGUCUUGAGACGCAAUUUGAUACUGUAAUUGUGGAUAGACCUAUGAUAUUACAAUCUAUAUAUCAGCUGCAUAACAGUUUAAGUGACAGGCGAGUUUUAACUUGGGAAUUUUUUCUUAAUAGAUUUGAUUCAAUAUUUCUCGAGGCACAAAUUAAUCUUGAAAAAUCUGGAGAAUUAACAUAUAUUCGAGAUCUCAAGAAUACUGAGUACAAUAAUGAGGCAUUUCUAUUAAAGGUGCAAAGAGCUCAAGAAGCACUUUCACAGAAUAGUGAAAACAAUGCAAACUCAUUAAAAACAUUAUGUGGAAGUUUUGGUUCAAAGUGGCCGUACAAACGCACAAUGUCUGCUCCUGCAUCUACAGUGCAACGACAGGAGACAAAGCAAGAAAAGGAAAAACUUUAUAACAGACAGUACUCUGCGCCAUCUCUUAAAAGAAAAAGUUCUCGAUUUGGUAUAGAUGGACAUGUUCAUUCUCUACAUAUGAUAGAUGAAACAAGCAAUUUACCUACAUUUAUUCACAAAAUGUUGGAGCUUGAGGAAGCUGAUACAGAAACAUUGCAUCUUUUAGUAUUUUUGUUAAUGCAGUUCUUAUCUCGACAAGAUCAAGCGUACCCAACUGAGGAAAAACCAUUGUUUAAGACGCAAGGCAUUGUCUUACGCCAUUUAUAUCUACUUCUUGGUUACAAUCAAUUAGAAAGAAAUUUUCACACUCAAUCACAGAGAUUAAGAAACUCUUCCGUGUUCAAUGUAUUUAUUACAAACUUACCGCAAGUUUUGGAUCAAAAUAAUAUUAUGGGAUGGGCUACAAUUCCUCCGAUAUUAGCAAUAUUACGACAUUGUCCAUGUCCACCUCACAGUGUGCUGACUACGGAAUAUCAGCCUCCAAUAUAUAGCCUUUGGUAUUUAGAGCCUCAUAUUAGACGAUCGUGGUUAAUGUCAUUACUUAUAAUUUUAUAUAAGUUUCAAUAUGGUCAGCAAGUGUGGUACUAUCAGUUACAAGCAUUAAUAAAAAUUGUGAUAAAUACAUUAAAUGGACAACAUCAUCAAUGUAAAAGAAUUCCAGGAAUGGUUGUUAUGGCUGGACCUCCAUCUAGAUCUAGAGAUGUUUCUCAACCUUCACUGGGCGAAGAACACGAUUUCUUAAGCAAUGAGUCUGAAUUAAUAGAAAGUGAAAGUAAACAAUUUUUUGAUAAGCCUGGAACAAACAAUCGACGAAGUUCAAAAAGUCCUAACAAAAUACAUGGGAUAGAUUUAAGCCAUUCUUGCAAUGCCGAUGACAUAGAAUCGGAAUUAGCUGCAAUACCUGAAAGUUUUCAGUCUGAUAGUACGCUGCUUUAUAGUAGUUGUGGCUCUCUGACAGAAGUAGAAGAAAGUAUUUAUAAUUACAAAGGAAGAAUAUCAACAUACAAAUUUACUGUACCUGGUAGUUUUAAAAAGGAAAAUACAACUUUAAAUAAUAAUAGUAUUAAUGUUGAAGAGCAUACAGAAAAAACGUAUUACAAGGAAACAGAGGAAUAUAAUAAUCGCCAGAAACCUACUGGAGCUUGUGGUGGUUUAAAUUUAAUAUCUCAAAAUACAUCUUCAAUUGUUCAAAUCGGAAUAAAAGAGUUAAAUCAAAGAGUCAGUUCUAAUAAAAAAUUUGAAGUACAAAGAAUGACAAAUAGUAAUAAUAAUAGUAAUUUAUUUUUAAAAGAGGUAAAAGGAGCUGCAAUUGAAUGUGAUGAACAUCAAAGAACUAAUACAAAUGUGAUUCCCGUUUCGGACUAUAAUGAAAAUAAUAGAUUGCACUGUAUAAAAUCUAAAGAAUCAGAAAGGAAAAAGGGACAACCAUUUUGUAUUAAUGACUUAACACCUAAAUCUCGAAGGGCCAACAGCGUGGAAAGCACAAAUGUUAAUAAUAUAAAUCCAGAUUAUUCUCAAGUUAGUGGUUGUACAAAAGAACUACAAUUGGAAGAAAUUACUACCAACUUAAUAACACCAAAACUGGAACGACUUCUUCCAGUUGGCAUAAUAGUGCCGGAAAAAGGUACCUUUCAGGAAGGUAAUGGAACUUCAUUUAGUGUUAUUGAAAAAACAAGUAACAUUAAACACAUUGAACUUCCGUUGCAAGAAAGAUUAUUACCUAUUGGUUUAAGGAGGGACUCAGUUACUGGAUUAGUCGACUGUGUUCGUCAUGUUUUAGGUAUAUCCAGAUCGCAAGAAAAUUUAAAUGCACCAAAAAAUAGUGUUAAUGCUUCAGAUGAAGAGAAACAAGUCGAAUCCACGUUCAAAGGUGAUCAUGCGAGUUUCAAGUCAAGAGGCAAAUAUUCUUGUUUAUGCUCUAAUCAAAGGAGAUUAACAAAACAAGUUGCAAUGGAAUUUCCGCAUUCAACACUAGAUUCUGAUAAUUGUAUACAUCAUUUAAAAAGUACGAGUAAGAAAAGUACUGCUAAAGACUUGGCUCGUUUACGACGAGAUAAAAUUGGAAAAUCAUCUACAGCUACAAAUCGUACAGUUAUGUCUACUUGUCGUCAAGAGUCCUGGCCUGGCCCUAAAAUGCAACCAAACUUAAACAGCCUUUCGCAACAAGCAUGUCAUGCUGAUUUCAACCUAAAAUCAAGUUUAUUCAGAAUAGGAGAUGAAUGUGUUCAUGAAAGAUGCUGUGAAUGUGGGCUAAUAAAAGAAGAAUAUUCUGAUGAGGAACUUGGAUUGUGCAUAAUUGUAUUAGGAACUUUUGUUCAUAGAGAACCAUCAUUAGCAGCUCCGUUUCUACCAGAUAUUCUCAACGCUGUUACAAAAGUUUCUCUUAAGGCAAUGUAUCCUUGGCAAAGCGAAACAAACUUACAUUUACCUGGCAGUGCUAUUAGUGUUGCACAUCAGUUCCUUCGAUGUGUUCUUCAUCAAAUGGCUCCAAAUGCUAUAUUUAUGCAAAUGUUUCAAACACGUAUUAAUGUGCUUACAAGGAUUCAAUUUUUCAAAAGCGUAGCUCAGGCUCUGACAGAUUUUAAUGACUUAAAUCCAAUUGCUCCAUUACAAUUGUUACUUGAGACAUUAAAUUCAAAGAAGUCUCUUCCUGUGGGUAAACUUUCAACGAUUUUGCAUAAUGUCGCAAGUUAUUUAGACUGUUUGCCUUUGGAAGCUGGUUUGGGUCCUGGUAUAAUUACAUGGAGUGGUCUGUUGUCUCAGUUUGAAGGAUUCUUUAGAAAGUUAGUUAUGCUUUUACCAACAAUUGAUGAUAUUACACCGGCUCAUAGAAUUAUGAUAUCCAUAAUGAAAGUACCGGGAAUUCAACAGUCCAAGGGCCUUUUAGAUCCAUUUUCGAAAGUUCUUAGUUAUUCUAUACAGAAUUCUUUCCUGAAAAAUAACUUUUUGACUGAACUCUGUCAACUUUGCCAUCGAGGAUUUACUCGAGAACGAGAUAAGCAAUUUUUAGGAAGGACUAUUGUAUUUGAACUUGUUCAAGCAAUAAAAUUUAAAAUAAUUAUACCCGACUCAAACUUUCUACUUCUACUUCACUUUGUACUGCAGGAUGUUGGUGGUUUUCUGCAUACAACCGUGCCUGUGAAAGAACUUUCAUACGAGAUUUCACCUUUGUUUAACUCAAAUACUUCUGAAUCAUUAAGAAAUCAAAUAUCAGAUGUGCUUGAUUUCUUAGCAGAUUUUCAUACAUUAAAUAAAGUGAAGAGUUUCAAUAAGGGAUUACAGUCUGGACUUAAUGAAGACACAUUAGGAGGAAUACUAAAAUCUGGACUAGCCCAAUACCUCGCAUUAGAAAUUACUAGAGGCAACAGUAGAGAAAAUAGAGCAGUCUCUAGAUUUUUACCAUGGUUAUAUAAUCCCUCCUCUAUGCUACAAUUAGGUGUACGCGAAUAUGCGGAAUGUAUAAGUCAUGUAAGAUUAUUGACUUGGUUGCUGUUGGGCUCUUUGAUACACAGUGUAACAUUUUCCAUCAAUAGUAAUGUUCAAUCUCAUACCCAUCCAUUAAGUUCUGCACAGCCAAUCAACGUGGAAGGCUCCUGUUACAUAGCAGAUCAUAUACAAGUUAUAUUUAGUGGAUAUCCUGACCAAUCCAAAACAAACGUUCAAAAUGUUUGUGCUUUAUCUCAAGCUUUCAUUUUAUGCCAGUUAUGGACAAUUUACUUAGAAGAAAUGAUAAAAAACAAUUCUUCUGGUUUAGAACAUAGCACUUCAGCCAUGAAUAUUCUUUUGGAUUUUUGGGGAAAAGUCACACCGUCCAUACUACACUUGGCUGCUUAUUCAAAACAGCUGGCUGAAAUGGUGAAUCUACAUUUUCUCAAUUUGUUUGAUAUUUUAAUGGACCGUGGGUCAAUUUUGUUAAACAAACUAAUGCCUAUGUGGACUCCUAUAUUGUUUUCUCAUAAAAUGCAGUGUUUCAGUCAUCUACAAUUACGAUUAAAAAGUUAUGAUAGCGACAUGGUACAAUCGCUAGAGGAUUACUUUACGUCCAAUCGUCAGGAGACGAAUAAGAAACUUUUGCGUUGGUUAGAGAGAUUACAGUUCAAAAUGGGACAAAUAGAAUUGCAGUCAUGCAGUAUUACCCAAUUUUAUUCUAUAUAGAAAGUUAAUACGACCUUUAUUUUAAUAAUAAUACAAAUAAAUUUAUUGAAGUUGUAUUUAGACAUGUUUUUAACAUGUUCUUCAACAGUUGACUUUCUAGAGCACUCAAAAUGUAAUUAAUACAAAAAUUUAAAUAAAUAAUAAGUAUAACAAAA